AUGUGGCCGCCGCCGUGGCUGAGCUCGCCGCGCCGGGACAAGCUGCGGAGGCAUACGAGCUUCUCCUGCUCCUCCUUCAAGGACAUCCAGAACCUCUGCCGGGAAGAGGAGUUGGAGGCCCGGCAGCCACGGAGCCCGUCCAUCUUCCAUCGGGUCCGGAUCUCGACCUCCGUGCUCCGCGCGUGGGCCAAUAACAGCCGGCCAGCAAUCCACGCGCCGCCGCCUCCCUCCGUGACGCUGUACUUCACUAGCCUGCGGGUGGUCCGGAGGACGUACGAGGACUGCAGGGCCGUCAGGUCGAUCCUCCGGGGGCUCCGGCUCCAAGUGGACGAGCGGGAUCUGUCGAUGGACGGGAAGUUCCUGGACGAGCUGCAGCAGAUCACGGGCGUCAAGAAGCCGUCCCUGCCCUGCGUGCUGAUCGGCGGGAAGCUGAUUGGCGGAGCGGAGGAGGUGAGGCAGCUCCACGAGAGCGGCGAAUUGAAGCGGCUCCUCGGAGGCUGCCCGGCGUCCGGCGGCUCGUGCGACGCCUGCGGGGGGGUCGGGUACGCCGUGUGCGAGGAGUGCAGUGGGAGCCACAAGAUUUACAGUGAGAAGUCGGGGUUUAGGAGCUGCACGGCGUGCAAUAGCUAUGGGUCCCUCAACAAAGGAAUGGAAGGGACAGUAGAAGCAAGCGUCCUCGUGAAAGGCAAGGUACACUGGUUGAUGAAAAAUGAAGUAUCCGGGAAACUGAGGCUGCUGUCACUCGACCUCGCGACUGAAGAGUUCAAGGCUGAAGAUUGGCAUCCAACGCCAUUCGAUCUAAGAGGCUGGAAUAACUUCUUUGCACUGAACAAAACAUUCUACCGUUGUAACUACACAUUUUUGAAUGGCCUCCGGGAACUCUGA